AAACUCUCCCCGCAUAUGGAAGAACGCAUCACUCGGGAACCGGAAGUGCUUCCGAGGGCCUCUUUGGACUGGAACCCCUGCGUCCUUGCUACCCUCGCCAGCAUGGCCACCGCGCUGCUCCUUCGCCGUCUGUCUUUGGCUAUGGCCGGUCAGCCGCCCCGACGCUUUCUGGGCUCGGCGGCGGCCACGGCGCAUUUCCAGCACCUGCUGGUGGAGAAGAAGGGAGCCGGGCAGAGAGUGGCGGUGAUCCAGCUGAACCGCCCGAAGGCCCUGAACGCGCUUUGCGACGAUCUGAUGAAAGAGCUGAGCGAAGCGCUGGACGCGCUGGAGCGGGACCCGGGCGUGGGCGCCAUCGUGCUGACGGGCAGCGAGAAAGCCUUCGCCGCUGGCGCCGACAUCAAAGAGAUGCAGCACCGGACUUUCCAGGAGUGCUACGGCGGCAACUUCCUCGCCCAUUGGAACCGCCUGGCCAGCGUCCGAAAGCCGGUCAUCGCCGCCGUCAAUGGCUACGCGCUGGGCGGCGGCUGCGAACUGGCCAUGAUGUGCGACAUCAUCUACGCGGGCGAGAAGGCGCAGUUCGGGCAGCCGGAGAUCCUGCUGGGUACCAUCCCAGGUGCCGGCGGGACGCAGAGGCUGACCCGAGCGGUGGGCAAGUCUCUGGCUAUGGAGAUGGUCCUGACCGGGGAACGGAUCUCGGCCCAAGAAGCCAAGCUGGCCGGCCUCGUCAGUAAAGUCUGCCCGGUGGAAAAGCUGCUGGACGAAGCCAUCGGCUGCGGGGAGAAGAUCGCCCGCCACUCCAAGCUGGUGGCCGCCAUGGCCAAAGAAGCGGUCAAUGCCGCCUUUGAGCUCACCUUAGCAGAGGGCAACCGGCUGGAAAAGAGGCUCUUCCACGCCACUUUUGCCACGGAGGACCGGAAAGAGGGGAUGAAUGCCUUUGUGGAGAAGAGAGAUGCCAAGUUUAAAGACCAUUAAUUCCUCCCACCUGUAGCCUUUUGGGAGGGGGGUGUAGUGACGGUGGUGGGCUAGGAAUGCAAUUACAUUUAUAGAAGACAAUAUUGCCAAAAGAGGCCUUUGAUUUGCAAUCCCUGGACCCUAAAAUGACAGCUAUCUCCUUGCCAGAAAGUAGUCCCAGCUCUGAUUAUUGGCACCAUGGUGUGCAAAAAUCAAUUUCUUUGGAAAGGUGGUAAUUAAAAAUAAAAUGAUCCCAAUUUCCCUUAAAAGUGAUCUUUGCAGAAUGCCUGGGAUUGCAUAAAAAUGGAAGCUUUUGUGUCCACAGAAAAUGGGCAAAAAUUCGAGGUGAAAGGAAUAGUUAUUACGGCACUAGAAUUAUGGAUUGAUGUAUCUAUAAUUCUAUACUGGUGUGCCUGCUGGAUUCUUUUAACUUGGUGAUAAAUCUGAGCUUUAGCUACUGCUGUCCCAUAGAAGCUAUAGAGUAAGAUACAUCUGGUGUGAUUGCAUGUGGUUAAAAAGUCGCUAAGGUCAGUUCUAAUCAAGAAUAUGCUGGUGCAUCAGUGGAAGCGCUUCAUAAACUUGUGUUAAUAACAAACCAGUAAAUGAAAAACUGCUGUGUCAUUGCAAUGGAAACUUGGUUAAAGCAUUCCGUCCUGGAUAGGCUGUUCGCUUAGGUGGAUUUUCAACAUUUUGGCUUAUUUUCUUUUGAGAGAGGGCAUCAGAAUUUUAUUUUUUAAUGUGUGACAGUGUGUUCACAGAAAAAAAAAAUCAGUAAAGGUUAUCGUAUAAGCUAAUGAAAAAUGCAAAAAAAAGUAUUCUCACAUCUGAUUUCUCAAUUGCAAUAAACACUUAAUAAAAUGAUGUUAUUUAAAAAUAGAUUGUAUCCCUUGCCCGCUCUGCCCUUCAUCUAUUUUUUUUUAACACAUAGUUUUAUUCGGAUAUAUUCAGGAGUAACUCUGAGCUAAAAGGAGAGUUGCUUACUCCAAUAGUGAACAUCAUAUUUCUCUUUACUGCUGCUCUUAAAAGCUUUUUGCCCAAGACAGCUAAUAGAACCGUCUCUGAAUUUCAGGACUAGAACAUCAGCCAUUGCUUUUAUGCCCUAUAAUUUUAGGAAUAAUCUGCUAAAUUGUAACACUGAGUAAUGUAUUUUAGUUCACAAAGCCAUCUGUAGGCAAUUUCUGUCUCAGAAGGCAAUCUGGUUCUGGAUUGGGUGGCCCUGCUCAGCUAUAGUUAGUUAUGGCUUGGUGACUUCUCAGUAGAACUCACUGCAAUGCACUUUAUAUCAGGUUGUUCCUGAAGAACACUGAAAUCUACAUCUGGUACAAAGAGACCAACCUCAAUAGUUAGGAGUACAACCUGAUUUGUCUAAAUGACACCUCUACUGCAAGAGUUGCACUGCAAGAGUUGUUAGUAAGCUUUUUGGGUACAAUUCAAGGUGCCAGUUGUCACCUUUAAAACCUAAUAUAUCUCAACCUGAGUCUGACAACAUCUGGAUAUCUGACAGCUACUUCAAGUGGGAUUGCCCCACUCAAGAAGAACUGGAAGGGAAGGCUUGUUCUGGGUGUGAUUCCUUUCUCAGGGUAUUGCUACACUUUCUGAACAGCGUACCCCUGGAAAUUAGAGCAGAUGCAACCCUGCAAAUAUUUGGAAGGCCAUGAAGACCUGGCUUUUUGUCAGAUUUCCAGAGGCGAUGGUAUAAAUUCUGUUGUAGAAGGGAUACUGGUUGACUGUUUCUUGGUGUUUUUUAAUGCUGUAUUAUAGUCUUUCAUCCCAUUGUUGUAUGUAUAGGUAGUCCUCAACUUACAAUCACAAUUAAGCCCAAAAUUUCUGUUGCUAAGUGAGACAUUUGUUAAAUGACUUUUGCCCCAUUUUAUGACCUUUCUUGCCACAGUUGUUAAAUGAAUCACUGUAAGUCAGUUAAGUUAGUAACACGGUUGCUAAAUGAAUGUGGUUUCCCCAUUGACUUUGCUUGCCAGAAGGUCACAAAAGGUGAUAACAUGACCCUGGGAUGCUGUAACCGUCAUAAAUAUGAGACAGUUGCCAAGCAUUCAAAUUUUGAUCACAUGAUCAUAAGGAUUCUGCAACGGUCGUAAGUGUGAGAAACAGUCAUAAGUCUUUUUUUUCAGUGCUAUUGUAACUUUGAACAGUCACUAAAUGACCUAUUGUAAGUCAAGGACUGCCUGUACUUGUGAAACUAUUCAGCUAUUGUUUAUGAGCUGAAAUGGAAGUUAGGAAAACUGGUCAAUGUCCAGAAAUCAGGGUUCUUAGUAAAAUAUAGUAUAUUUAUCUCAAUAUGGUGAACUUAAACCGAAAGCCCUGAUCAACUUGGUACCAAGUAAAAUAGACCAUUUACUUUCACAUGAAUCUAUCCAGACCAUAUAGUUAGACUCUCCACUGAUAAUACAUUCCCAUUCUUCAUAUGCAUAGGUUGAAGUCAGACUGUUGUCUAAACUUAAAUAGGCCAUUUUGCUUCCAUACUGUAGAACUCGUAUCAAACUCAAUCGGGUCAUAUGACGUAUCGCAAUAUUUUUUGCCUUUGUGGAGCCAGGGUAAGCAUGGCCUGUGCGUGAUGCAUCUGGCCUUCAGGCCGCCAGUUUGACACCCCCGCUGUAGAACAUUACAACCUGUAAUCUUUCUGACACCAGUGUUAGUUUUUGAUAUGAGGAAAACAAUUUUCUUAAUAUAUGUCAACAAAAAUACUGUUUUUGGUAAUGUUGGUCCCAGAUAAUGGCAUGGAAGAAUCCUGAAUCUUGAAUGAUAAACAUCUAAGCAUGAAUUUUAAAAAGCCUAUAAUUUUUUUUUCUUCAGUCUAUUCCCUUCUAGUGCUUGUUUGUGUCAUAGAAUAUGUAAGAAAACCUGGGAAAGUUACAAAUGCAAGAUAUCAGUAGUAGUAGUAAGGCUCUUUGUGUAAUACAAAGCCAACUGCCAAAAAGAAACUUGUGACCUACCAAUAUAUGACACUGGGGCAAUUUGAAUGAUAUGUGCAUUUUUUCUCAUAGUUGCCUGUUCCUAACCUUGAUGAAGCCAAAAUGACUAAAUGUGUGACAUCACAAUGCAAGCUUCUCUCUUCCAUAUUUGCAUCACAACAUCACACACUAGGACAAAAUUUAUGUAGAGACUCACAUUUUGUUGCUAACCUUCCUGCUGCACACAGUUAUGUUAGUUGUGUCAAUGUAAAACAUCAGUUUAUCACUUAGGAUUAAUUUUUAUUCAGAGAAAUAAGAGAUAUGUUUGAAUUUGCAAGUCAAUAGCUUUUUUAAUUGCCAAUUAGAUAGACAGUGGACCAAAAGUUGUUUCCAAAGCCUUUUUCAUUCUUUAAAGAUGAUCCAUUCAACUUCGCACUUGGUCUUCUAUUCCUAAAUACAAGGAAGGAAAAAGAAAAGAUUAAAAAUUCUCAUUACCAAGAAACAUUUUUUUUUUAAAUGCAUUUGCACUUAUGCUUUUUUCCUUGAUACUUGUAAGUAAUAACAUCUCAAUAGUAAUUGAGAUUUAGUAGUUUUGGGUAAAUAUGCUCUGUGUCCCAUUAAUUUUUAUCCCCACCACUCCUCAUUUUUCAUAUCAAUAUGACUUCUUGAACAUUUUUACCAUAUUUAUGCAUGUCUUUAUGCUUCACCACUGUCUGAGCUACUCUGUAGGUUUUUUUGGCAAGAUUUAAGAGAGGGAGUGCCAUUAUCUUCUUCCUAAAGCUGAGAAAGAGUGUGACUGGCUCAAAGUCACCUACCUGGCUUUAUAUCUAAGGCUUCUAGUUCUCCUGUCUUCUGGUUUUUAGCUUAGUGCCUUAACACAAAACUAGCUGUUUCUCAGAUCAAUAUUGCUAAAAAUUUAGAAACCUAUGGCACAUUUUUAAAUCUGUGAUCGAAGUUGGUAUUCUACCAACCAAUGCUUAUUUUCUAUCUUAAGCACAUUUACUGGAGAUUCGUGCAAUAUGACAAACUGGAUAUACCUUUUUGGAGCAUUCUCCUUCAUGACGUAUGCCAAUUUUACGCCCAGUUGCCCUGUAACAGCAGAGAAAUAAUUUGUGUGAAUGACUAAAGCCUAGAACUGUACCAGCCAACCUUACAGGUGUUAUAUUGCUGAAAUGAUAUAUAGAAAGUGCUUGAAGAUUAAAAAAUAUUUCUAUUUCACCUUUUGGCUAUAUGGUCCACAAAGCAUAGCAUAAAACAAUGGCAUCUUAAUUAAAAACUUACAAUAAGAUACAAAGGAAGGAAGGAAGGAUAGUUCUAGUUAAAAACAACUAUGUUAUUAUCUAAUGGUAAAAUACUGAUUGGGUUGAUUGCUUAAAAGAUUUCAGAAGGCAAUUUCAUAAAGAAAAUGCUUUAUAUGUUUUAUACAUAUAAAAAUAUAGUGAACUGAUAUAAAUUAUAUAUAUAAAACAGUGAACUGAUGAUCAGAUUUCUUACAGAGUUCACCUAUUGCCUUAAGCCAUACUGUAUGUUUUUUUAAAAUGUGAUUUUGAAAUCAGCUAUUAUAACUUAUAAACUUAAAUGUAUUAUUUUUAUGCAAGAAUCUGGCCAUUUCAGUAAACCAUGCCUCAAUCAAUA